UCUCUCUCUCCAACCCUCUUCACACACUCACAGCCUCUCUCAAAUGUUCAACAAAGAAGAGGAAAGGAUCCCUUAAGAUAUCUCAUGAGAGAAGUAGAAAUGAGAGAAGGCCUCUCUCUCAAUCUCAACAAGCUUUCUCUGCUCUUCUCCCUCAUUCUCUUUCUCUGUUCACAUGAAUCCAACAGCAAACGAUUGGAUUCAUCUCCUGAUUUUCAGAGUAAUAGGCUCCAAUUGCUGCGUCAGCUUUUGUCAUCUCAGCGUGGUUCUGUUAUAACAGAGGAGGAAAAUACUCUUUUGCCUGAUAAUUCCCCGAGCAAGUCUCCUCAACCCUUCAUUCCUCUUCUAGCACCUUCGCCACUGAAACCUUUUGCAAAUAGUAGUGUGCCAAGAUUAUCAGGACAUUGUUCCUUAAACUUCUCUAUAGCUGAAAGAUUGAUAAGCACGACAGCAGUGGAUUGCUGGGCUUCCUUUGCUCCAUUUCUAGCCAAUGUAAUUUGUUGCCCGCAGCUGCAGGCUACUCUUGCCUUUCUUGUCGGGCAAUCCAGCAAAGAUACAGGUAUGCUCGCUUUGGGUAUGUCUCAUGCAAACCACUGCAUGUCAGACAUUGAGCAGAUUCUAGCAAGCCGGGGCGCUGCCGAAAAUCUCCACCAGAUAUGCUCGAUCCAUCCAUCGAACCUUACCGAAGCCUCUUGCCCCAUCAAAGAUAUUCAUGAGUUUGAGAGUGUUACAGACACUUCUAAGCUUCUUGCCGCCUGUGAGAAAGUAGAUCCUGUAAAUGAGUGCUGCAGACAGAUUUGCCAAAAUGCGAUAUCCGAAGCUGCCCAAAAGAUAGCCUUGGGAGAUGGUGGUCUGUCUGGCAUGAAUGAUGUCCAUAUCUCGACUGAGCACUUGUCUAGAUUUGAUGAUUGUAAAAGCAUUGUCCUUAGAUGGCUGGCCAGUAGGCUCGAUCCAUUACCUGCAACACAAGUCCUCAGACGAAUUUCUAAUUGCAACCUGAAUAAAGUUUGUCCACUGGUUUUCCCCAACACAACAAAUGUUGCAAAAUACUGUGCCAAUGGGAUUGAUAACAGGAGAGAUUGCUGCAAUGCCAUGGAGAAUUACAUAUCUCACCUGCAAAAGCAGAGUUUCAUAACCAAUUUGCAAGCUUUGAAUUGUGCAGCAUUGCUCGGUUCCCAGUUGCUGAAAGUGAAUAUCAGUGAAAACCUUUAUAGCCUUUGUCAUAUAACCCUCAAGGAUUUUUCUCUCCAAGUUGGAUCCCAAGAGUCUGGAUGCCUCCUGCCAAGCUUGCCUUCAGAUGCAACAUUUGACCCAUCUUCUGGAAUCAGCUUCACUUGUGACUUGAAUGACAAUAUAGCAGCUCCUUGGCCUUCUACAUAUCAACAGUUAUCAAUAUCAUCAUGCAAUAGGACGGUAAACAUGCCAGCACUUCCAGCUGCAACAACUUCACAGAGCGGCCAAACAAGGAAAGAAAUGAUUUUGCCUUUGCUCCUUACAUCCUCAAUGAUCAUUACCACAUUCGUAUAAUUUUGAUAGAAUUUGCUCUCGCACCUGUAAUUAUGAUGGGAAGCUGCUCUCUGAUGCAAUUGCUGCUGCUCGACCCGACUGAAAUUGACCGGUUCCAUGCUGUUUUGAGACAAGGUAUGUAUUUAAUUGCUGCAGAACAGAUACUCCUUAGUAAUUGAUUCAUGAUUCUUGCUAGUUGUGUAAUAAUGUUUGUAGUUUGUAAAGGAAUCCUUCCUAAAUGAGGAAGAGUAUGUAAGUAGAGAAACCAUGGCUUUUCCUA